UCUCACAUGCUUUUUAAUAUUCAGUUGUUGGUGCUUUAUAUAACAGGAUGUCUUCGGGAGGUCCUUGUUUCAAGGAAAACACCAUGCAGCCACUUUGGUCUUCAUGCAACAACAGAAUAUCCAAAAUAACACACAUACAUUUACUUGUUAUGGCUCUUGUGUUGUUGCUCUUCUUGGCAUCUCCUACCACCUCCUGCAAAGAAGAGGAGGCGGCCUCCCUCCUUGGGUUUCUCGAUGGUCUCUCUCAAAACUCUGGCCUCCCCACUUCAUGGCAGAAUGACACAAACUGCUGUUUGUGGGAUGGCAUCAUAUGCAAUAUGGAUGGAGCUGUCAUGGACAUUUCGUUGGCUUCUAUGGGCCUUCAGGGGCACAUAUCACCCUCACUUGGCAAUCUUACCAGCCUGUUGAGGCUCAAUCUCUCUGGCAACUCACUCUCUGGUGGACUCCCACAGGAACUACUAUCAAGAAACAUAAUUGUCCUUGAUGUCAGCUUCAACAAGCUCAAUGGAGAAUUCCAUGAGCUGCAAUCCACCCCUGACAGCGAAAUGAAGGUAAUCAAUAUCUCAAGUAACUUGUUCACAGGACAUUUUCCAUCCACCACGUUGGGUAGCAUGAAGAAUCUAGCUGCUCUGAACAUGAGCAAUAAUAGCUUUACUGGGGAAAUUCCAAGCACGCUUUGUGUUGACAAGCCAUUCUUUGAGGUCCUUGACCUCAGUUACAACCAGUUCCAUGGUAGGAUACCCACAGAGCUUGGGAAUUGCUCCCGUUUGAGAGUGCUUAAAGCUGGCCAGAACCAACUCAUUGGGACCCUCCCAGCUGAGCUCUUCAAUGUUACCUCACUUGAGCACCUCUCGUUCCCUAACAAUCAUUUGCAAGGAACACUUGAUCAUGUAGGCAAACUCAGCAAUUUGGUCAUCCUUGAUCUUGGGUGGAAUGGGCUAAAUGGCAAGAUCCCAGAUUCUAUUGGGCAGCUCAAGAAGCUGCAAGAGCUUCACUUAGACAACAACAACAUUUCUGGAGUGCUGCCAUCAGCUCUUAGCAAUUGCUCAAAUCUCACAACUAUCAUCCUCAAGGACAACAACUUCCUAGGAGAGCUCAAACGUGUCAACUUCUCCACCCUAUCUAAUUUAAAAUUUUUAGAUUGCAGGUCAAACAAAUUCACUGGCACAAUUCCAGACAGUCUCUACUCUUGCAGCAACCUUGUUGCGUUGCGCUUAUCGUUCAACAAUCUCCAUGGUCAAUUUUCAUCAUCGAUAAGCAAUCUCAGGUCCCUCAAAUUCCUAGGUCUUUCUCACAACAAUUUUACAAAUAUCACAGAUGCACUUCAGAUCCUCAGUAAGUUAAGGACACUCACUCUCUUGCUAAUUGGGGGCAACUUCAAGAAUGAGACCAUGCCAGAAUAUGAUACAUUUCAUAGCUUUGAGAAUCUGCAGGGCCUUGCCCUAAACGAUUGUUCACUGUAUGGACAUUUACCUAACUGGCUGGCUAAGCUCAAAAAGUUGCGAGGGUUAGUAUUAGACAACAAUAAACUCAGUGGACCAAUACCAACCUGGAUUAACAGCUUAAACCUCCUUUUCUAUCUUGACAUAUCAAAUAACAAUCUUACGGGGGAAAUACCAACAGAACUGAUGGAGAUGCCAACACUUAAGUCAGCUCACUCAGACCCAAUAAUACUUAAGUUUCCGAUUUACAUGACUGGCGGUUUUCAAUACCGUGCAACUAGUGGUUUUCAUAAGAUGUUGAAUCUAGGCAACAACAAAUUCAGUGGAGUGAUCCCCCCACAGAUUGGUCAGCUACAAGCACUCCUUACACUCAACUUGAGCUUCAACAACUUUCACGGGGAUAUCCCACCAUCAAUUGGCAACCUCGGGAAUCUGCAGGUGCUAGACUUGUCCUACAAUGAUUUGACUGGUCCAAUCCCUUCCUCACUGGAGAGGCUUCACUUCCUUUCCAGAUUCAACAUUUCCAACAAUGAUCUAGAGGGGCCCGUUCCAACUGGAGGCCAAUUCAGCACAUUUCCAGAUUCUAGCUUUUUUGGAAAUCCAAAGCUGUGCAGCCCUACGCUGAUGCACCAUUGUAAUUCAGCAAAGGCAACUCCAGUCUCCAUUAUCUCCACAGGAGAGUACAUUGACAAGGUCAUCAUUGCAGUGACCUUUGGUAUGUUCUUCGGUGUUGGAGUGCUAUACGACCAGAUGGUCCUAUCCAGAUAUAUUUAUUUUGGCUGAAGCUACAUAAACUGAAACGCAUUACAAUAAUGUGUCCUGGGUUAUGACUUAUGGAUAUUCAGUGUACUGUGUACAGAACUGAACCUAGCAAUAAACAGCCACAGCUUGAAACUUCAGAAAUGCAAUUGAGUGGCUCCAGCAGCAGGAAGAUCAGAACCUCUCAUAAGCCUCAAAUCAGAGAUAGUUAGCAACAUUUAGCCCAUGUCCUAUACUCAAUGGAUGACCAGCAGAGUCGCAGAACAAUCUGUACUGAAAUAUGAGUAUAUCUGACUCUACUAUGUUAAUGUUAUGUGUUAGUGUAACACUAUGUGUCUCUUAAGAGCAUGUGUGGCUGCAUUUACAACAUUUACUCUGUAAGAUUUGUGAA